CUUAGAGAGAGAAACUCACCACACAACUAACAUUAGCAAGAACAGCACACACAUGCAACAUCACACACAUCCACAAACACACUCUGAACUUUUGAAACGUAUAGCGGCGGACUUCCUGACUGACGCUGGCUGCGGACGGAAGAGCGGCUCUCUGCAGGCUGAACACUCAGGAGACCACACUGUCGCCUCAACCAGAGCAGAUAACAGCCGCUGGAAUAAAGAUGGAAACUGCUCAGGAAAGGAAGCCAAAAAGGCCCCACUACAUUCCCCGACCGCCAGGCAAGCCUUACAAGUACCAGUGUUUCCAGUGUCCUUUCACUUGCAACGAAAAGUCCCAUCUCUUCAACCACAUGAAAUACAACUUGUGUAAGAACUCCAUCUCCCUAAUGUCACAGAAAAAUGGACUAACAGUCCGACAGGUCAAGGCUGUAGUAAAGGGAGUCCCUGCCAAAUCUAACGACUGCCCAAGCCCCCUGCCAGCGGCGGAGAACAAUAGUCCGGACAAACAGGUAUUUGAGAAUAAGGCUGAGAGCACUGACACAGAAGAAGUAGAUGUCGGGUGUGACAGUCCAGUCAAUAAGGAAAGCCAGAGUAGGACAAUAUCAAACACAGAAACAGAGGGAGGGAACAAGGAGAGCACGGAGGCCAAUCCUCUGCCACGCCCUUCUGCCUUCUCCCCUGUCACACCCAAAAGUGACGGAGCAGAAGCCUUCGAGUCGUCUGUGCCACAGUCAGAGGAUUCACAAGCUGCUGCUCCGACUUUCAGCCACCCAGGCUUCCCAUGGGGCACGCUAUCAUCCUCACUUCCCUUAAAACCAUUCCCCCCUCCCAUAGUUCCUGAAUACUCUCCUUAUCUCUUUCAUGACCGCCCCCUGUAUCCACCAUACUACCUCCCAGCAAACCACCCUGCCAGUGAGCCCAAAUCUUCUUCUUCUUUCCGGCCAGAGUUCAUGAAUCCCCAAAGACCUGUGGUUCCACAACCUAUUGCCCCACAUUACAAUUCUCUCUUCCCCCCAUACAUAAACAGAUACUGCCUCCCUAUUCACCCGGGCCCCCCUCUGCAUUAUACUCUGUACAGACCCCAUGAGCUCUCUAUGCAAAUAAGGGGACAAAGGUAUCUUCCUUUGGAUCUGUACAGCCCAACCCCAGGGCCUAAGGAUUAUGAUUUAUACAUGCAUUCACAGCCCACUACCAACAGCCUCAACAUCUCCACAGAAGAGGAGAGCAACCACAGGCCGAACAGAGACAAGGAAACAAGGCUGAGUCCUAAAGAGGGCUGUUCAGCCUUGGGGUCCCCCGACAGGCCUUGCCAUGCACAGAACAUCCAGAAAGACGCAGAAGCCCCAUAUUACACCAACAAGGCCGACUCACAGACAACAACCCAACCAGGACAAACUGCUACAGCGGUGCAACCCUUCAGUGACCGAAGGCACGCUGAGUCAGCAGAAAGCUUACUGCAGUUGAUACACCUUCAUGUGGAUGGAGGAUCAGCGGAGAGCAGCAGAUAUUCCUCUACUCCACACCAAGACGAAGAGGACACAGGAGAAGACCUGGCCCCCCUCAACCUCUCAACGAGGAACCAGGACAAAGAACAAAGCCCUUCAGACCACAGAUUGAGGUGGUCAGACAAUGAGAAACUAAAGGGGGAAGAGUUACCUCUGAACCUCAGCCUACGAGCUUCUUAUAGCAGUCCUGUUCCCAUCUCUGCAUCGAGCACUUCAGAAGAUCUUCAGCAGAGGUUAGACACUGAGCUGGAUGAAGAACCAUGUGACCAGAGGCAGACUGCAGCCCUGGCGCUCUGUCAACUAGCCAGUGCAAGCUCUGUCACCUCUUCAUGCGAGUUCAGCACUACAGAAAGGCCCUCAGAGGACUCUGACAGCUCUUGCUCUCCAAAGAAACACAUCACCGAGUCUAAAAAAACAGGCACGAAAAGAGCCAACAGCAGCCAGGCUGAGAGCAAGUGCCAUAAACCCAGCAAGAGGGCCAAAGCAUCAGGGCGGGUUCUCAGGAGGAGGCCCCGCUGCUGCUAAACUCUGACUCUUAUAAUAUUUAGUAAGGAGAGAUUCUCUAACAUUCGCCACCACAAGCAUCAACUCACAAAGAUCAAAAUAUUGAACAUAAUUGAUUAUUAAAAUGUAUAUUGCAGUGCCAAGAGUUCAACAUUCAAAUAUCUGUUAAAUGUAAAGAUCUUUUUUGUAUAUUGUAUAUUUAAAAACAAACUUUUAUAAAAGGGCUGUUAAUAUUUAAAUGUGGACAUUCUUUGCUAUGUACAAAAUGUGACGAUGAAAUGUGGGGGUGUACUGUAAAUGUCAAUAUGUCGAAUAAAUAAAGAGCAAGUCAUAUUUUA